CAUAAGUUGGCGUUGCGCCAGCGCCGCAGGAGCCAGCGGAGCAGCCAAUUCACAUCCGCGCGAUAUGGCGACAGUUGCAGGGAGCGAGGCAGCCGGACCCGCAACCCGAGAGGCCACAAAAAGGGAAAGCACGGGCACGCACGGCAGUAGCUAGCACGCAGAUGCAGGACGUCGAACCCGGCUAAAGAUGUACAGUUGUGCUUUGCUGGCAUUCACAUGGUUGUUGUGGUGAGUUCUUGGGGGCGCGGGGACUAAGGGGACAAAGGGAAAGCAGGAGCGGCUACCUGGCCUGUGAGCGUGAUUGGCUGUAGCAAGGGGGAGGGCAGGGGCGUGGGGACCUACGGGCGGGUGGGUUCGCGCAUUCUCCAUAUACCCCCUGGAGCACACGCGUUCAGACGCCUCCUACUUAUUACCUUAAUACGGCUGAAAACUGUAUCGGGUUUUGGGAUGGUCAGCCGGGUGGGUGAGUCACGCCUGUCCCUACCCAAUCCCUCCGUUCGCACCUAACCCGCGGCCCGGCCUUCCACUUUCCUCGCGUUUCCAAAACACCCGCCUUUCCAAAGCCAUUGCUUCCAGUCACCUAGCAUCCCUCUCUACACUGAAAGAAAGAAAUUGUAGCGUUUCAUCAACGCCGCCACGCGCGAACACCACAGCUGAAGACAGCACCGACCCCCAAGCAGCCAGCCCCAAGAAGAACAAACAAAGCGCAGCGCGACACUCGACACUCGGCGCGUAGCAGAGAGCAAUAAUGGCUAGCACCGACACGCACACCAACACCAACAACCUCGCGCUGGCGGCCUCGCGCCUCGCCGGCGGCCGCGGCAGCGGCAGCGGAGGCACCGGCGAUGCACGAGUGGCGCUGCCAGCUGGUGGGGGUGACCGACCCGGCGGCGCAGGUCAAGGUGUGCAUGACGGGCGGCUGCUCAUCCACCUGGCCGGCAAGCAGGUCGAGCGCCUUGACCUGCCCCCCACGGCCUACACGGGUGAUGCCCGGGCCGCCUACCAGCGCGGCUGCGUCACCGUCACCUGCUCAGCAAAGGACCCCUCCGCCCCCGCCAUGGUGGAGAAGGCCCUGCUGGACCCCGACCGGCCGCACCCGCGCGAGCUGCCCCUCACGCUGCCCGGUGCGCCCACCGCCGCCUCGCCCGCCGCCGGCGGCGGCACCGGCGCCGCCGCCGCCGCACGCAUGGGCGUGUCGGGCCUGGGGGCGGCGGUGGGCGUGCCCAACCGGCCCGACCCCACCGGGCACGGCCAGCCCGCCCCCGCCGCCGCCGAGUACGGCUCCCGCAAUGCUGAGCUGUACGGGCGGCCGGGGGUGGCGGCUGUCAUGCCGGCGGCGGCCAUUGGGUCGGUCACAGCCGCCGACAUGCCCGUGCUCACCAACCCCGGCGGCGCGCUGGAGGCGCCCGACAACUGCGAGACAGUGGUGCUGGACCCGGCGGGCAGCGACACGUGCCUCAUCAUGCCGGGCGGCGGCGGCGGCGGCGGCGGCGGCGGCGGCGGAGGCGGCGGAGGCGGCGGCGGCGACAGUGGCGGCCGCAGUGGCGGCAGUGGAGGUGGCGGCGGUGAGGAGCAGGCUGCUGCUGCGGGGUGCCGCCUGGGGUUCACGGGCGUGCUGCUGGGUCACGUGGCCCACGGCGCCGCCUCCACGCCCGCCCAACACCUGGCCGACACACAGGCGGUGGACCAGCUGUCCUCUCGACUGGGCCGUGCGGAGCUGGCGCCCGCCGGAACCACUGUGGUGCGUGGCAGCCGCGACAAGGUGGUGGAGAAGGAGUACGGCAGCUACGGCGGCGGCGGCGGAAGUGACGCGGGCGGCGGCGCGCCCGACCAGCAGUACACACGCAAGACUGUGGACUUCACGGAGGAGAAGGUGGGUCUGGCCACUCGGCCGCUGGAGGCGCGCGACUGCUACGCCACCUGCGAGCGCGGCCCCGAGCCCUACAGCACCGUCAAGGCCCAGAACCAGCAGGCGGGUGUGGAGUGCGACAUGUGCCGCUGCGCGCCGUGCCAGUGUGACAAGGUGUCCAAGGGCUACCCAUACGAGCUGACGGCUCUGGAGCAGAAGCGCAGCGGCAAGCCCAGCCUGCACACCCCCCACAAGGCCGUCACGGGCACCAACGCCCACCCCGCGCACGACUACAAGCUGCACAGCAAGCCGCGCUCGGAGCAGCACGUGUCGGUGGGCAACCGCACCCGCGAGUGGACCGGCAACGUCACCAUGGGCGCGGGCAGCCUGGACGAGCUGCCGCCCGAGCAGCGGGACAAGCUGGGCCAGGUGAACGUGGGUGGCCAUGAGAUCGACCCGGCCCUGCUGUGCGACCGCAGCGCCACCGCCAAGACCGGCACACACUUCCUGGGCUGAUGGCUGCAUGCUGCUGGGCUGAGGGUCGAUCGAAGGAUGGAUGGGCUGAUGGGGUUGUGAAUGGGCCGCUGCUGGCGGCGUGGUGGGAUGAAGGGUUGACGGGUUGACGGGGGCCGACGACAUGAACUAUCUAGUAAGGGAGGGGCGGGGGCAUGCAGCCCCCGCCCCGAGCCCGGGGCGGGGAUCUAGCCACUACUGAAGUAGCAAGCUAAGGGAAUGGAGAGGCGGGUAGUGUGGGUGGCUGGGGGAUGGAUUGAGGUAGAUAGGGUCGGGGAACGUGUGGAGGAUAGGUAGGCAGGAUGGAGGCCAGGGCAGGGCGGGCACCCGAGGUUAGUUGUGUGCGCCGGUUGAUGUCCGCGGUGCGUGUGCGUGACUGGCCUGCAGGUAAAGUGCUGGCAGGUAUAUAGCCGCGGUAAAGGUAGCAGUGAUGAAGCGGCACGUGGAGGGGAGCAGUCAGGGAGCAGUAGCGUGUUGUGGCACGUGCGAGCUAGCUCGCGCUGGUCAGACGAGGCCUGCUGCUGCUGUGGGCUCGCUCGCUCCCAGCAGGUCGGUGGGCAGCAGCAGAUUGAGGUGUGUGUGUACGUGUGUACGAGGCCUGAAAUAUCUGC